AUGUCUUUUUUUAAGAAAUCGAUACCCGAUGACGAUCACAUUCAAAAGGAAGAAAACGUUUCGCCUGCCGGCGAAACCAGUAAACCUCAAAUUGGACAGGACUUGCAGACUAAGCAAACUAAGAAAGUAAAUAUACCUACGCCUGGUGUGAAAAAACCUAUACCUAUACGAAAAGAAGAAAAAAAGGUUUCGCUCGAUGAUGGAGUCGAUAAGACUAAGUCCGGACAUGUUUUGACUGAACUAGCGGAAUCUAAGAAAGCUCAUAUACCGUCGCCUGAUACGAAAGAACCAAUCAAAGAGGAAAGAAAAGCUUCACCCAAAGAUGGAAUUGACAAGGUUAAGUCUGGAAAGGUUUCAGCUGAGCUAUUGGAGACUAAAAAAACUCAUAUAUCAUCGCCGGAUGAGGAAGAACCAAUAAAAAAAGAAAAUAUUUCGCCCGAAAAGGAAAUCAAUAAAAUAAAAAUCGGGCAUAUAUUGACUGAAUUAUUGGAGACUGAAAAAGUUUAUGUUAGUGAAUUAUUGUCUAUUAUUAAUGGAUAUAAAGUAGAAGCUCAUCAUGCCUCUACGCAACACAUUUUACCUUAUGACUUGGACCAUAAAUUGAAUGUGAUUUUUGGAAAUCUCGAAGAAAUUUACACCUUCCAUUCCGAAGUUUUCCUGAGAGAUUUGGAAAACUGUAUUACUUCUUUGGAAUUGGUGGCAUUAUGCUUUCUACAGAAGAGGGACUCCUUUUUCAAAUUAUACAGCUUCUAUUGCCAAAAUAUAUCAAAGUCGGAAGAAAUGCGCGAGAGCGCCGUAGAGCUACAUAGCUUUUUCCAAAGCUGUCAACAAAAGCUUGGCCAUAAACUUCCUUUGGCCGCAUAUCUCUUGAAGCCAGUUCAACGCAUCACCAAAUAUCAACUACUCCUGAAAGACUUGCCCCGUUACUCUGGAGACGGCAAAUCUUACAAAGAAUCACAGCAAGCUCUAGACUGCAUGUUGGUAGUUCUUAAAUGUGUCAACGAUAGUAUGCAUCAGAUAGAUAUCACGGGCUUCCCAGGACCUUUGGAUCAACAAGGAGAAUUGCUUCUGCAAGGAUCGCUUUCGGUCUGGAUGGAAAGCAAGAGAGAUUUGAGGUUGAGGCUGAAACCAAUGCAGCGACACCUAUUUCUCUACAAAAAAACUUUGUUAUUCUGUAAACCCAACGCGAAGGCCACUCACAAUAAAGCUACGUAUCAGUAUAAGCACCAUUUGAAAAUGUCUCAGAUUGGGCUGACUGAAUCUGUCAAAGGAGACCCAAGGAAGUUCGAAGUGUGGUUGCAAGGAAGACAAGAGGUACAUACUAUCCAAGCUGCAAACGUCGACCAAAAAAAUACUUGGGUGAACGAGAUCAAAAAAGUUUUGUUUAAUCAACUUGAAGAAAUUAGAGGAGAGAAGAUUAAACAGUACGCUUUGACCCAUAACAACCACAGUUCUAGGCCAUUGCGGCAAACAACAUCAUGGGAAAAGCAGAAGCAACAGGUACCAGCGGCUCCAAUCAUAGACCGUCACAGAGCUCUGAGUUGUGAUACUCAGCAUACACAUUCAGCAGAGGCUGAGACCCCGGAUUACCAAGGAACCCAAAAUUGGUCCUCAGAUGAUGAUGAUGACGAAGAUCACCAUGGAUCUAUGCCGAGUGGACACUAUGUAGCGUUAGCGGACUAUUGUGCAGUUGGCAACAGUGAAGUGAAUAUGAAGGAAGGUGACAUUGUUGAGUUGCUUAAAGUAGGCUGUGCUGGUUGGUGGUUUGUAAAGAUGAUAGGAACUUCUGUGGAAGGCUGGGCUCCAGCUUCUUAUUUGGAAAAUUUUCAGUAUAAAACAUCCCGUAGUAAUAGCAGUAGGAGUCAAGAUAGAUUUAACGAAUAGUGCUCAACAGUAGUAGUUUUUUACAGAAACAAGGCAGGAGUUUUUUCAACGGAAACAUUGUCUCAAUAUACAUAAAUAUGUGAUAAAUCGAUGAAAUAAUUAGAUCGAUAAAAAUAUCCAUCUGCGCUGCGUUAUAAUGAAAACUAAGACUUAAUUUUCACAUUAAUAUUGAGACAAUAUAUCAAGAUGUAUUGAAAUCGGCAUACGUAUUAGUAAUUUAACAAAAAAAUGAGGGACUGAUCCAUAAACACGAUUAAACUGUAUUCAAGAAUAGAAUGAAAAUUACAUGCAACACAUUCUUGAAAUGAGGGCGAUACCUGGCAAAAUAAUAUAGUGUUAUCUGUAACUGCAAAAGUGGAUCGAUUGAGAUAACAGAUGGCGCUUGUGCGGUCAUAAACAUCUGAUAGAGGAUACCUUUACUCUACUUCCAUUCUUUGUCCGGUGCGGAGACCUAGAUCGUUCUGAUGAUUGUCAAUAAGCAUGAGACAGUGCAGUAAGCAGUUGGCUUGUUAGACCAAAUGAAGAAAUCAGUAUUAUUGAUAUAGUGAACAUAGUGACGUCAUAAUGUUGACGCUUUUAGAGCAGUACUGACGUACGCCGACCAACAAAAACGACACAGAAAUGACGUUCGAUAUGACGGUCUAAUGUUACACCCAAUUGAUGUCAUAGCAUGUCGUAUAAAAGACCAAAUACAAAGUCGCUAUGACGUACAGACGCUCGCAAAAAUAAUCGCGCGGUGUAUCCAAAUGCUCCUGAAAAAUUGAGGAUGUGACAACGACGCCUCCCCCCCACAAGCAGUGAGUUCAAGAGUGCCAGAAAGGCGCCGAAACUCAUAUUCAACUUACCUACCACUCUUGAACCGUUUCGUUCCGAGACGUCGUUAUCACCCCCGCAAUUUUUCAGGAGCAUUUUUACAAAGUGUAUCGACCUGGUUGAUAAAGAUCUCAAAAACACCGUUUCAUCUCAACACGUUCCAGUCUUCCGAUGUUCCAGAAUUUGUUUGUAGAAAUUUAACAAAAUCGCUUUGCUUUUUCACAGUAGGCCAAAACACUUCUUGUCACCUGGAGUUCACCCAAGCCUUAUUUACUAUGUGGCAAUGAAAAUAAUAUUCCAAACUUAUUUCAGCUUCGGAAACAGGUAAUAAUCAGAACGUGCCAACUCAGGCGAAUAAUGAGGGUGUUUCAUCAGUUCGAAAUCCAAAUCGCGAAGCUUUGUCAUCGAAACGUGUGAUUUGUGUGCUAGAGCCAUACCUUACACAACUCUUUUGGAAAUCUUUUCGCGUCGUUUGUGCACAAUUUUGACAAUAAUGCUACAUAAUAUUCUUCUGUUACGGUUUUGCCCUUGUCAAGGCAAUCAGUGAAAAUGAGACCACUACGGCUCCAAAACACUGAAGCAAGCCCUUUUCCAGAAGACUUUAGCACACGAAAAUUCUCGGUCCUGGCGACCCAAGAUUUUCACAGUUGAUGUAAUAAGAACAUUUUAUAUAAAUCAGCUCCGUAAAACAUUUUAGUUUUUUUUCGAAAACUACGCUAGAUUGCCUGUUUUUAUAACAGAAAAAAUGAGGAUCUUGGGAGAGUUGCGAAAAAAUUUAUUUAUGGGGGCCCUAUCGGUUUUAUUGUAAAAAUCAAAUAUUGUGUUUUAAAAAUAAAACGCGCCAUCUAACGGGCAAACGAAGCACUUUUGCAUAGAGGUGCCCAAUAGUCCAAUCGACUUACUUUGAGUCUAAAGUAAGAAGUGUCGAAUUUAUUUUACAGUCUCUCCUUGAAUGCAAUAUAUUGUUUAUAUUAUUUUGCUGGAAACAUGUCUUAACCAAAGUAUUAAUCGCAUUGCUGCUACCAAGUAUUGUAUUGAGAUGCGUGAAUAAAUUUCAUAUUUAUCAUCUCGGACUAAGAGUUUCUGAACUCUAUUUAAUUAAUGUAUUAUAAGUACAAAUUUUCUACCGCUCUGUGUUAUGUAUAUUAUUUUGAAAC